AGACACACACCGACCGAUUCCGGGAGCACAGCUCGCAGAGACGUCGUCGAGACGCGUACAGGUAACCGAGGAAGGACCGGAUCAACACUCUUAUAGGUGGCCCAUGGUUGCAGGUUUCACCGCUGUCUUGCAACACGCCUGCACGCCCAACUGCCGGUCCCAGCCGGGCCGAAUCCAAGGGGGCCGCAGUCCACGGGAGGAGUGGCCGGCGGUGGCGCGCGCUCGGAGCAGACGACACGCCCGAGCACGAUGGCCGGCCACUAUCGACGCCUCGAGGCGGCUAUCGCAGACGCGCUGUUGGCACCCGGCUGCCGGCCAUUCAAGACGGCAGGCGUCAGGCACGAACGGAACGUCAAGUUCUACACAGGCUGGAGCCCAUGGGUGUACUCCAACUUUCUGUCGCCGAACGAACUACACGACUCUGGAUACCAUAGCCUAUCUCGCAAGCCCUUCGGGGAGACACCAGCCAAGGCUCCACAAGCGGGGUCAAGGAGAGAGGAAGUUGCUGGCAUCAGGCAACGGUUCCCAUCUAAGAUACCGGUGAUUGUGGAACGCUAUGGCAAAGAAAGGAACCUUCCACUUCUAGACAAGACAAAGUUCCUGGUUCCUGAGGAGCUUACCAUGUCCCAGUUCGUGUCCAUCGUGAGAAACAGACUGCAAAUCAGUGCCUGCCAAUCAUUCUACCUGCUCGUCAACAACAGAAGUAUGGCCAACCUGUCCAAGACCCUGGCUGAUGUUUACGCAGAGUUCCAUGACGAAGAUGGCUUCCUAUACAUCACAUAUGCCUCCCAAGAAAUGUUUGGCCUUUAGAAGAAGGACCACGGAUUAUUAUAUGCAUUUCUUGCCCAUACUCAUCGUUCAAGUCACUUAAACUUAUUUACAGACUCACCAACAUUAUCAACCUGCUCCAUGCUACUUUGCAAAAUUUGGCAACAGGCACACUUUGCAUAGUACGACUAUCUGCACCUGUUUGAACCUUUGCCAGCGGAGCCAAGCAAGGAGACACUUCACAUUUCCUGCUUGCAGAAUCUCACAUUCAGAUAACAAGUACAACAGCCAUUUUGCCUUGUGAAUGUUUCACCACAGCCCUUCAUCACCCUGUGUUUUACUUGAUGCAUGCAUACAGCAAAUAAAGAGAUCUUAUAAUCUUUGC